AUGGUCCAGUAUCUCAUCGCCGUCUGGGAUUAUGCAGCCGAAGGUGAAUUCGAACUCUCUUUCAGACAAGGCGACCGAAUCAAACUCCUCGAGAAACACAAUGACGACUGGUGGGAAGGUGAACUCAAUGACGAGAUUGGUUUCUUCCCUGCCAAUAGAAUACGACUAGAAACCGAGCAAGAGGAGCAGUUAGCCGAGCAACAACAACAACAACAACAUGCUUUUACGGGCAACGACACCACUCUCUAUCAACAACAACAGCCAUCCUUGAUAUCCACUGAUAUUGGGAAUGGGGCCAUGUCGAAUGAAUCCGAGAAACCAGCAUUGCCACCACGCGAUAUCCGUAAUCGUACAUCCUACAUUGCACCACGAGAAUCCUUGGACGAGUUACCCGAAGGAUGGCAACAUGCCUAUGAUGAUAAUGGUACGAUUUACUAUUUCAAUGAUCGCACGGGUGAAUCAAGAUGGGAUAAGCCAAGUCAUGUUGAAGGAGCUGCCAAUCAACUUGCAAGCAUGGCAUUAUCACCCCCACCACCAUCAUUAGCAUCCUCCUCUGUUGUUCCCAAUGAAGAUACACACAUUGAACUAGAACAAGAAGGUCUCCGCAAAUUAAGUCCCGCUGAAUUGAGUCAAUUGGAAUUGAAUCAUUUACAACCCGAAUGGAUACGUCAACAAGGAUUCAUUCAGAUGAAAAUGACAGCUGAAAAGGAGGAAGGUGGAAAGUUGAGCUCUUGGAAAUUCUAUUAUGCUGUGCUAUCCAGAGGAUUUUUGCUUUUGUACAAGGAUAAUUAUUCCAAAGUCAAGAAAUAUGCCAAACCAUUGAUCCCUGUUGGCUGCUUUGACCUUGAUGGAUGUCGUAUCGAACCAGCUAGCAAGCAAGAUACCAAGCGAAAGCAUGCUUUCCUCAUUACCACACUUAAAAAGGUGACGAUCUACAUUCAAACAAGCAGCGAUAAGGAAUUAUCAGUGUGGCUGGAUGCUAUCAUGCGUGAAUUGGUAGCAAGGAAAGAACGAGUGGAUGGGGAUAGUGAGAUCUUGCGACUCUUGCAUAGCCUGACGUCUGAUUCGGAUCAAAUGAAGGUCAACCGCAAAAUGGGCCGUAAAAAAGAUGUUGAAGAUGACAAGGAUUGGAAGCAUCGAUCAAGGAGUGAUGGAGGAGGAGGAGGAGACGACAAAGGAAGACCCAAGAGAUUAGGCAACUGGUUUGCAAAACAAAGCAAGGCUGGUGAUAAGCUCCAGGCACAGGCUGUAGCAGGCAGCACAUCGAUCAAUACCACUGCUGGCACUGAAGUAUUUGGUGGUUAUCUAACCAUGGAUCGUGAUGGUGGAAUACCGCCUGUUGUUCGUGCUUGUGUCGAGGAAGUGGAAGCAAGAGGUGUGGCAUCUGUUGGCAUCUAUCGAUUAUCCGGUCCUGCCUCCAUCAUUCAAAAAUACCGAGCCUUGUUCAAUUCUAAUGAAUUUGUUUCCUUCCCUGAGGAUCUCGAUAUUAAUGCAGUCACUGGCUUGUUGAAGCUUUAUUUCCGUGAACUCAAGAACCCACUCAUGACCCAUGAAUACUAUGAUUACUUUAUGGAUGCAGCGCGGAUACCCGAUUAUGAUGAGCGGAUGUUUAGGAUAAAAUCAGUCAUCCACGCGCUACCAGGUCCUAAUUACACGGUUUUGGAAUACUUGAUGCGACAUUUGAACCAUGUGGCGGCUUACUGCGACAUCAACAAGAUGGAGACAUCCAACCUGGCACUCAUCUUUUCAGUGGGGUUGCUUCGACCGGAAGGUGAUGAUCUCAGCAGUAUCAUGCAAACCGAUCUUCAGAGUAAGGUGGUGGAGGCUAUUAUACAACAAGUAGACUGGUUCUUCGAAGUCGAUGAUGAAGAUAACGAUCAAAAUGAAAUCGAGGAUAAUCACCCACAACCUGAACAACAUGUAGCAAUGUAA